AUGAAGUCCGUCUCCUUAUUUCUAGCAGCAGCAUCGUUUGCGUACACAUCUGCCUUCACCCUUCCAUCCAACAAUAAUGGUGGAAGGACAGUGGUUUCCUUGGAUAUGGCGUCCGCCAUUGUCUUUGGUACCUCCACCGGAUCGACCGAGACCAUUGCCGACUACCUCAAAGAAAGUCUGCCCGAAGUAGAGGGGCCUUUUGAUGUGGAGACCAUUGAAGGAUCUGUCAAGGAUUUCUUUGAAAAGUACGACUCUUUGAUCGUCGGAACACCUACUUGGAAUACUGGUUCAGAUACCGAACGUUCAGGAACCGGAUGGGAUGAAAUCUACUACGGCGAGAUGCAAGAAAUGAAUAUGCAAGGCAAAAAGGUUGCUGUCUUUGGUCUAGGUGAUCAAAGUUCGUACGCUGAGAAUUAUGCUGAUGCUUCUGGUGAGCUUCACGAUGUCUUUGAGGCCCUUGGAUGUGUCAUGAUGGGAUACACUAGUCAAGAAGGUUACGAACACGAAGAUAGCAAGGCUAUUCGUGGAGACAAGUUUUGCGGUUUGCUGUGCGAUGAGGUUAACCAAGAAGAUCUUUCCGCAGAGCGAGCAGAGGCUUGGGUUGCACAAUUGAAGGCAGAAGGGUUCUUUGAAGGAGGAUCGGCUGCUCCUGCCGCCGCUGCUUCACCAGUGGUUGAGGUUGUCGCCGAACCAGUGUUGGAAUUUCUAGAGGAGAACUCUGCACUCCUUGACGAAGCCAUUGAAUCACAUGGCAAUGUUGGCUUUGCACCACACUACAACCAGAAAACCAAGAGUACCAUGUGGGUCAGCCGAGAUGGCCGAUCUUGCUACUACACUGGCGGAUCUGUCGCCACCAAGGCAUCCUCGUCAUCUCCAUAA